CUGGCGGGAAACAGGCAAUAUUGUCCGGUGUUGUUUCUGUUUGUAUUGUUAAAUAAGGUUAUGUUAGUGUAAAUUGUAACGAAAUCAAAAAUACUUUAAUUAAAAUAAGAUAGUUUGAAAUUGGAAGGGUAUUAAUACUUAUAGGCAGCGAAGAGAGCAUUUGAUUACAUACUUUUAUUCGAACCUUUGUAAUAAAUUAAACAUCAUGGGAAUUUUGGGAUUAGCAAAGUUAAUAGCUGAUGUAUCACCAAAUGCCGUAAAAGAAACGGAUUUAAAGAGUUAUUUUGGCCGAAAAGUUGCCAUAGAUGCGUCCAUGUGCCUAUAUCAAUUUUUAACAGCUGUCAGGUCAGAAGGGGCCCAGCUGACAUCCUCAGAUGGAGAAACUACCAGCCAUCUCAUGGGAACCUUCUAUAGUAACAUCCGUUUGUUAGAAAAUGGAAUCAAACCUAUCUACGUGUUUGAUGGGAAACCGCCGACACUCAAAUCUGGUGAACUAGAGAAGCGUGCAGAACGGCGAGAGGAAGCCAAAAAGCAGCUAGAGCAAGCUGAGAGUACAGGUGACUUGGAAGCCAUGGAUAAGUUCAAUCGUCGGCUGGUUAAAGUUGGCAAGCAACACGUACAGGAGUGCAAAGAAUUGUUGAAGCUUAUGGGAAUUCCUUAUUUAGAGGCUCCAGGAGAAGCAGAGGCGCAAUGUGCUGCACUGGUUAAAGCAGGCAAAGUUUACGCCACAGCCACCGAAGAUAUGGACGCACUCACCUUUGGCUCUAGUGUGCUGUUGCGCCACAUCACUUUCAGUGCGGCACGCAAAAUACCCAUACAGGAGUUCCAUUUGGACAAGGUUCUUGUUGGCUUGGAGCUCAAUCAGGAAGAGUUCAUAGAUUUGAGUAUUCUUCUGGGAUGUGACUACUGCGACAGUAUUCGGGGCAUCGGUCCAAAACGAGCCAUGGAACUCAUUCAGAAGCAUAGGAACAUAGAGACUAUCUUGGAGAAUUUGGACCAGAAGAAAUUCACAGUUUCAGAGGAUUGGAUCUUCAAAGAGGCCAGAAAGCUCUUUGUUAAACCUGAAGUAGCAGAUUGUGAGACAUUAGAAUUCAAAUGGGUAGAACCAGAUGAAGAAGGACUUGUCAAAUAUCUCUGUGGUGACAAGCAGUUCAACGAAGAACGAGUUCGGAAUGGUGUUAAAAAGUUGUUGAAAUCUCGAAGUAAUUCAACACAAGGCAGACUGGAUUCUUUCUUCAAAGUGUUGCCUGCCACUCCUAACUCAAGUGUAAAACGUAAAGCUGAGGAUAAACAAUCUGCUAGCAAGAAAAAGAAGGCAACUCCAAGUGGAAAGUUCAAGGGGAAAGCCAAAUAAAGUACUUCAGAUCUGAAAACUUGUGUAAAAUGUUAACUGUAAGCUCGAGUAUUGAUGAGACCAGUAAUUCACAAAUUAUGCAUAUUUAAACUUAAGAAGUCUGUUUUGGUAUUAGUGAAAUUUUAAUGUGUAGUUGUGUAAGUGACAAUUAAUAAAAAUCUCACUUUGAAAGUUAAAAAAGAACCCUUCAAAAUAGGUUUUAUUACUGUACAUGCAAUACAUGUUUAACUUAAAACUUGCUUCUAUCAUAGAAGCAUCUGUAUUAUAUUGUUAAUUUAGGUUUUUAUUAAAUAUUCCUAAUUUUUGUAA